AUGUCCAUCGCCUGCGUGUAUAGGGGUCCUAGUGCCACGCAUUCGGAGGACCAACAGACUAUCCAGGCACUAGACAAUUUGGCUCGAAAUUCGACCAGACUGUUCGUUAUGGGUGACUUCAAUCUUAGGUAUGGUGACUGGGAGCUCGGGAGGUGUCCUCGAGGUUCAGGCGAAAUCUACCUCGAAUGGAUUCAGUCCCAGGCCCUAUAUCAGCACGUGAAGGAGAACACCAGGUAUCGGGAAGUCCAACAACCGUCGCUGCUGGACCUGAUAAUCACAGUGCAGGAGGAAGAAGAACAAAGUCUAGAGUAUCACCCUCCUACCGGUAAAAGUGAUCAUUUUCUCAUCAAGAGGACACUCCAGUUGAAAUUUGCCAAACCCCGUGAAGAGAUGUGUUGGAACACUGGAAGGAUUGACGUGAAUCUACUCCAAGCUAAGGCAGCUCAACUGAGUUGGCACAGUUCGGAGAGCACGCGAACGUAG